CUGUAUAUUUUCACCCUCUCGACCCUCAUCGAGUUCACACGCUCCCACGACGGACGGACAGCAACAUGGCUGCACAAACGGCAUUCAACGUCAAGGGCAAGACGGCCAUAGUGACGGGCGCAGGCUCAGGCAUCAACUACUGCUUCGCCAAACUCCUGCUCGAGCACGGCUGCAACGUGCUCAUCGCCGACCUCUCGCUGCGCCCGGAAGCGCAGGCGUUAAUUGACACCUACACCAGCAGUCCUCGCGCCGUGUUUCAGGAAACCGAUGUCACUGACUGGGCCGCGCUGGAACACAUGUUCGCCGUCGCUGCCCAGGCGUUCGGCGACAUCGACAUCGUGUGUCCCGGCGCGGGCAUCUACGAUCCGCCGUGGAGCAAUUUCUGGCACCCACCGGGCUCCCCCACGUCGCGGGACCAGCAGAACGGGGGCCGCUACGCAACGCUCGACAUCAACGUAACGCACCCAAUCCGGUGCACGCAGCUAGCGAUCUCCGCCUUCCUCGCGUCGCAGAAGGCUACGCAGCAGAAGAGCCCGAAGAGAGUGCUAAUAGUGUCCUCGAUCGCGGGGCAGAACAGCAAUCUGCACACGCCCAUUUACGUGGCGGCCAAACACGCCAUGAACGGCUUCGUGCGCAGCCUCGCUGCGCUCGAACAACAGCUCGGUAUCCGCGUCAACGGCGUCGCACCGGGGCUCGUCAGGACGCCGCUGUGGACAGAGCAUCCCGAGAAACUGCAGUUCGUGGCGGGCGCGGACGAGUGGGCGAGUCCGAAGGAGGUGGCGGACGCCAUGCUCAGGUGUCUUGUCGACGUGAACUUGCCGGGGGGAAGCAUCCUGGAGGUCGGAAAGGAGCAGACGAGGUUGGUAGGAGCGCUGAUGGAUCCGGGGCCGAGUGGGAGAGGGCAUACGGUUAGUAGGUUGGAGGAGGCGAACGGGGAGGUUUUUGAGAGGCUUGGGAGUGGGGAGUGGGGGAGGGCGAAAUUGUAGUGUUGAGUUGAGAUGGUGUUGUCUCGUGCCUGGUUGCCUUCUCUAAGCCUGUUCUUGGAGUCGUUGGUGCUGCGCUGAAGCCGUUGCUCUCCUUUAGGCACUUGUACAUUGCCAAUUGGGGCAUUUG